CUCUCAUCACUGUGACUGUGAGUGCUUUUCUUCUUCUUAAUUCCUUGUCUUGUUAAAUUUGUUGGGCAUUCGUCUUCGAGUUUAGUAUCUUCUCUUCUCCAUAUAAUACGUAUUACUGCAUUCAUAUGAUGAUGUAUGAUGUAUCCAUUCCUAACUGCAGCAUUUCAUUCUCAUACAUUUAUUGCUCCUUUGUUUUCGAUUUUGAAGCUCUAACCGUUUCAGCUCCAACAAUUUAAGCUUUCGACUCUGCGUGUGAAUGCGUCAUUGCUUUUCUUUUGAAGCGGAUGUGUCACCCACCCACCACAUUUAGUAUUGCAAUUCACUCUUGCAAUAAAAAUCUCUUGUUUGCGAUCCUAGCUAGUAGCCACAUUGAUGUAGCAAUGCUUCUUCGUGUGAGGACCAAAACCUAGAAAAGCCCUUGCAACUUUGUUCAUAUUGUUAGGGUUGUUGACUAGAAAUCAUGCUUUAGAGCUGCUACUUAUGUAUUCAGAGUGCGUAUUGUUACAUGUUUGCAUAUUUAGUACUGUAAUUCAUUCUUGCUACCUACAAUUUUGCACUCCACAAUGGUUCUAGGUGUGAGUACCACAACCCAGAAAAGCCCUUCUUCACUUGAGUUUGACUAUGUUGUUCAUAUAGUCGAGGUGAAGCCAUGGCCCCCGUCUCUGUCUCUGAGAAGACUAGGCUCCGUUGUGAUCCAUUGGGAGCACAGUGACGGGGUCUGUGGCUUCACCAAUCAAGCUGUGCCUGGAGAUGGAAGAAUUGAAUUCAAUGAAUCUUUUGGAGUGAGGGAGACAACCAACAAGUGCAUUGAGUUUAAUCUUUAUGAACCGAGAUGGGACAAGGGGUUGAAAGGUCAGCUGCUGGCAAGUGUAGUUUUGGAUUUGAGUGCAUAUGGUGUUAUUACGCAAGAUUUGAGCAUUAGCGCUCCUAUUCACUGCAAGAGGACUUACAGGAAUGCUGCUCAACCUCUUCUUUUCCUCAAACUCCUGCCGGCCUCCUCAAUCAGAGAAUCUGUUUCUUCAUUGAUGAAUGAUGAAUAUGCAGAAGAAGCAUCAUUUACUACUCAUGAUCACUCUUCCCCAAAUGCCACUUCAUCACUUUCAGAUAAAAAGAUUGCAGUGAAUGGUAGUGCAAAAGUUGGCCAUGAGGAACAAGCGACUGAAUCCUCCUCAUCGCUGGAUUUAUCUUCUGAUAUUGCAUGGAUCUCAAGAAGAGUUAAAUCUCACAGUUUGCAGUCAUCUGCAAUGAAAGAAGCAGAUAAACGGCAGAGUGAACGUCACAAGGAAGAAGAAGGAAUUGUUGCAACUGGUAAAAGGGAUUCGAAAAUCCGUCUUAGCUCUGAAGAAAGCAUGACUAGUCUUUCCAAGGCAUCGAGAGCAGUGAUAAAUCAACAAGAGGACCUGCUUGUGGCUGGAAGAACAAACUCUCCACCUCUAAAUGAAAUGAGGAAAAACCAUGUUGAAAAGCAUGUGGAAGAGGAAGAAGUUGAGAAUGAGGUGCUAAACCUAAACAUAUACCCUCGAGUUGAUAUGCAGAAGGGAAUGACAUUGGAAAAUGGUGUGGCUUCUUCAACCAAAGAAAGUGUCCUAGCCCACAAUGGCGGAUCAACCAGAAGAAACCAUUAUGUGACAGGCUCGAUAAGCAGUGAGCGCAAGGCAUUUAGAAUGGAAACAAGGAGCCUCGUUUCAGAAGGCCGGAUUCAGCAGUUGGAACACAGAGUAAAGAUUUUGGAGGGGGGAUUGCGGGAAGCAGCAGCCCUCGAGGUGAGCCUUUACUCAGUGGUUGCAGAACAUGGAAGUUCCAUGAAUAAAGUCCAUGCUCCAGCGCGGCGCCUCUCAAGGCUAUAUUUCAAUGCCAAUAAGCAGAAUCCGAAAUCAGGGAGAGAGAGUGCAUCUAAAAGUAUUGUGUCUGGAUUAGUUUUAGUUGCCAAAGCAUGUGGUAAUGACGUUCCUAGAUUGACUUUCUGGCUGUCGAAUGCCAUAGUACUAAGAGCGAUAAUCAGAAAAUCAUUUGGAGACAGUGAGAUUCAGAUACGUAAUAGUGGAAAGAAGAAAUCAUCAGCACUUACAAGAGGGGGUGAGAAGGAGAAUCUUGUAGGUUCACUGGAAAAGGCACAAGGAUGGAUAUUUUCAAGAAUCAUUGAAUCUCUGUGGUGGCAGACUUUUACUCCACAUAUGCAGUGUGGUGGUAACGGAACAAGGCGGCAGCUAGGGAACUUCUCUGUUGAGCUGUGGAAGAAGGCUUUCAGGGAUGCAUGCGAAAAGAUAUGUCCUGUUCGAGGUGGAGGACACGAUUGUGGCUGUUUACCUUUGCUAUCCAAACUGAUUAUGGAGCAACUGGUUGCGCGCCUAGAUGUGGCUAUGUUCAAUGCCAUCCUUCGAGAAUCAGCUGAUGAGAUUCCAACAGAUCCUCUAGCGGAUCCCAUCACUGAUGCUAAGGUGCUUCCAGUUCCACCAGGGAAACCUAGCUUUGCUGCUGGUGUGCAGCUCAAAAAUGCGAUUGGGAAUUGGUCUAGAUGGCUGAGUGAUCUGUUUGAGAUGGAUGGCGAUGACAAGGACGAGGGCAAGACAAGAUCAUCAAAAUCCUUCAGUAUGCUAAACGAGCUGAGUGACCUUAUGAUGCUUCCCAAGGAUAUGCUGUUGACCCCAUCCAUUAGAAAAGAGGUCUGUCCUACAUUCGGGCUAGCACUACUCAUGCGGAUUCUCGACUCUUUUGUCCCCGAUGAGUUUUGCCCCGACCCCGUUCCUGCAGCUCUUCUUCAAGCUCUAAGUUCACAGGACUUGGGAGAAGACGCAAUAGUGAACCUUCCGUGUGAGGCAGCAGCUAUUGUAUAUGAGCCACCAUCAGUCGUUACUGUUGUGGGCGGCCUUUCGAAGCUCAACACGAGCGACGACGACGAGCUCGACCAACUCGACUCACCUCUCAUCCUCCGCUCAUCCCCGCCUUCUCUUAGGUAUCAACUGCUUCGCCAAGUUUGGAAUCACUAACAAACCAACCCCCAUUACAACCUCUUAAUUGUUGUUUGUUACAAAUUCAUCUCACUUUCUUUGUUAAAUCUAUUCAAAAGAAACCACCUUUGAUUUGCCACCAAUAGAGAGAGGCUUUGUAGACUGUAGUUGCAAUUUCCACUCAAUUUCUUUUGUUUCAUGGCCAAAAGUUGAAUCUAUAAUAAAGCAACCACUUUUCAUCUUGCUA